UUUCAGAUGACUGCGUUGUCGAAGGCUGAAUAUCUUCAGCGUUACCUGUCUGGAAACGAAGACAAGAAAACAAAAAAGAAGAAGAAAAUCAAAGAAAAGUCUCAGCAGCGUCCAAGCGGAUUGCGCAUCGUAGAAGAUGACGCAUUCAUUUCUGUUUCUGCGAAUUACAAAGACGUUGAUACCGAUGAGGAGAAAGAAGAUAUUGAAAUAAUCUCCAGCAUCUCUAGACAGUUAGAGGCGAAGGCUCGUGAAGGUCCGAAGUUUCUGAAGUCCUUCAAACCUUUAGAUGGUGGAGAUAUCAAAGUUGAGGUGAAAACCGAAGUGCUUUCGGAUGAUGACGGUCCUUCUACUUCUCAGGCCAAUCAAAAGAACGAAAGCUCGGGUAGCCGCUCCCUAGACGAUAGAAGGAGUGCAAAUGCGCAGUCACAAGAGUCGAGGCGACGCCACGCCUCUGACGAGGAUCAAUCACCGGUGAGAAGGCGGCGUGAUUCUGAUCAUUCCCCAGUUAGGAAACGUCACGACUCACCCGCAAGAAAGCAUCAUGACUCUGACCACUCGGCAAUCAGGAGAAAACGUCACGAUUCUGAUCAAUCCCCCGCAAGAAGGAAACGUCACGACUCUGACCACUCGCCAAUCAGGAGAAAACGUCACGAUUCUGACCAAUCUCCUGCAAGAAGGAAACGCCACGACUCCGAUCAGUCUCCUGUAAGAAGACGUCAUGACUCUGACGAUUCCGAUCUAUCACGUGCGAGAAAACGACACGAUUCUAGAUCUCCUGUGAGAAAGCGGAGGGACAGCGACCGAUCUCCUUCGCGAAAUCGUCACAAGGGCAAAGAGUCAUCGUCGACGAGAUCCAAACGAAGACACGACUCGGAUUCUGAUGAUUCUACAUCUCCGAAAAGGAACUCUAGGAGGAUAGCAUCCCCGCCUAGAAAGCAACUACACAAGUCGAGAAACGAUUCUGGUUCAGACCAGUCGCCGCCUCGAAACCACGGGAAAAACAGUCAAAAAUCAAUCAAAGUUGAAGUUGAUUCGGAUCAAUCACCCGAAAGAAGAGGCGACAGACGAAGAAGUCCUUCUUCGGACCUGUCUCCGCCUAGGAAGUAUCAGAAAAGCUCGUCACCCGUCGCCACCAGGAGACGUGAUAGCGAUGAGUCACCUCCACGAAGACGAGAACAACCUAGAGGACGCGAAAGACGGAUUGCAUCUCCUGAGAAAUUGGGCAAAGAGUCACAAAAGACCCUCGAUGGAAAGAUUGCUGGGCUUCAGUCAGCGGAUGCUCUCAAAAAAGAAUCCGAGAAAAUUCGAGAACAGGAGAGUAAGAUGUUCGAAGAGAUGGAUGCUUCCAUCAGCGGCCGAUUCGCAGAGACUACUGUGCGAGAAAAACAAGUGCGAAAAAAGCGUGAAAAACCAGAAGAUAAGGAGAGAAAAGAGCGCGAGGCGAAAAAGCAAGCUGAACUACAAGAAAAAUAUGACUUGUGGAACAAGGGAGUAGCUCAGAAAGAAAGGCGUGAAGAACAGCUUGAAGAAAUGGCUCGCGUCGCUGCUGAACCGCUGGCUCGUAUGGCUGACGACGUCGCUAUGAAUCGUCAUCUCAAAGAUCUGAUUCAUGAAGAGGAUCCUAUGGCCAAAAUGCUGAUAAGCAAGAAGCGUGAGAAGGCCAUUGAUCGAGGAGAUUUGAUAUAUCCGACAUACCAAGGCGAAGCUCCACCAAAUCGCUUUGGCAUCCGGCCGGGUUACCGAUGGGAUGGUGUUGACCGCUCAAAUGGUUUCGAAGCUGCUCUUGCUCAAACCAAAAAUCGCAGGAAUGCACAGGAGAAAGAGUACUAUCGAAACUUGCAGCUGUAUGAGUAGAUACCAUUAGCUCCCUGUUAUUGUUAAAUGUUGUUUGUAUUAUACUUACCUCAUUUUCGCAGUCAUGUUUCAACUUUUCGGUUAUAUAUUAUGCCAAUAAACUUCUAAAAGUGUA